UGUUUGACAAACUCUUCCUCUGGUAACCCCUGCUAUUUCUGAUCAUGCAAACCAUUUACUUUUUUUUGACCACCACACCCCCCAAACAAAGAGAUCUAUGAUCAUAGAGAAUACCUUCUAUUGGGCUGACAUAGAAAAAUAUGGAGGAUCACAUAGCCUUUAAAGAUCUCAGAGGUCUCUUUUUCUAAGCCAUUGGCAUUAAUGUCAGGAAGAGGGUGAUGGUUUUUCCACAUUAGGUGAGGUCUGACCAGAGAUCUCCAGAAUUGUAUAGAGUCUCUUUCUCUCCCUCACUUCCUCACGCUCUAUUGUGUGAAAUCUUGAUAUAAAUAUUGCAAUGUCAUCAAGCUGCUGAAACCCCCUCAUAUGUGCAUAUUCAUUAUUUUAGAUACUGUUGAGAAGAAUUGAAUUCCGUGGUGCCAGUAAUAUGAAAAUGAGCUUCAAUGAGAAGGGAGAGUUGGAGAGUUUCUAUGAAAUAAGGAAUUACGUGCAAUAUCCCAAUAAAAGCAUCUUAGACGAACGUGUCGGGCACUUCAAAGUAUCAGCUCCAGAAGGAGAACAAUUAUUCCUCAAUCACAGCCUCAUAAGAUGGAAAAACCACUCACGGGAGAUUCCUCGCUCUCGAUGUUCUGAAGACUGUCCUCCUGGCUAUAGACGAGUCUGGCACAAAGGAAAGCACACCUGCUGCUUCGACUGUGUCCCGUGCUCCGAAGGAGAGAUCUCCAACACAACAGAUGGAGAAUCUUGCCAGAAAUGUCCUGAAAACCAACAUCCUAAUGAGAAGAAGGAUAAAUGCGUUCCAAAACCCAUUGAAUUCUUGUCCUACAAAGAAGAUUCAGUUGCAUCUGUAUUUGGCUCUAUAUCAGUUUUCAUGUCUGUCGUAGCCUCCAUUAUUUUGGGGAUAUUUAUUUUAUACCAGGACACCCCCAUUGUCAAAGCUAAUAAUCAGAACCUCAGCUUCCUCCUCCUGGUCUGCCUCAUCCUGAGCUUCCUCUGUGUGUUUCUGUUCCUCGGUCGUCCUGUGGAUAUAACCUGCAUGCUGCGGAAAACUGGUUUUGGGAUCCUCUUCUCAUUAGCGGUGUCUUCACUGUUGGCCAAGACCAUCAUGGUCUGCAUCGCUUUCAAAGCCACCAAACCCGGCAGCACUUGGAAGAAAUGGAUGGGGGUCAAAAUACCCAACUAUGUGGUGUUUGUCUGCUCAUUUAUUCAGGUUGUCAUUUGCAUCUGCUGGUUGUCAAUUUCUCCUCCGUACCAGGAAAUGAACACUCACUCCUACCCUGGAAAGAUCGUUAUUCAGUGUAAUGAGGGGUCAGUAGUUGCCUUUUACGCUGUUCUGGGGUACAUGGGCUUCCUGGCCGCUGUGAGUUUCGUUGUCGCUUUCCUGGCCAGGAAAUUACCGGACAGUUUUAAUGAAGCCAAGUACAUCACCUUCAGCAUGCUGGUUUUCUGCAAUGUCUGGGUCACUUUUAUCCCGGCUUAUAUGAGCGUCAUGGGCAAAAACACUGUGAUUGUAGAGAUUUUUGCUAUAUUAGCUUCCAGCGCUGGAAUUCUGUGCUGUAUAUUUUUUCCAAAAUGUUAUAUAAUUUUGGUGAAACCGACCAUGAACACAAAGAGACAUUUACUAAAAGCGGGUUCUUAG